GCGGUAACAAAGGCAAUCCUCUCUUCUGGCCGGGAAACUGAGCUGGGAAACCAUGAGCCCUUCCAGGUUGUUGCUUCACACUUCUGAAUCUUCCUCCAGUUUCGUGAGGAGGAAGAGGAGAAAAACAAAUCUGGCGGUGUGAGGCCCGCAAAGUUAGCAAAAGUGGCUUUUAAAAGCGCGUGUGCGUGAGAAAGAGAGUGAGGCAUUGCAGGCUUUUCUUCCGCUUUCCUUCUGCUAAAUUAAGACAAUGCGUGAAUACACUGAAAAUAAGGAAACAUGUGGGACCAUCUGUCUCAAAUAUCUGCUCUUCAUCUUCAACUUCUUCUUCUGGCUGGCAGGUGGAGCCGUGAUGGCAGUGGGCAUCUGGACCCUGGCUGAAAAGAGCGAUUACAUUAGCCUCCUGCAGUCCAAUACGUACAUGGCAACAGCCUACAUCCUGGUGGUGGCAGGUGUUGUUGUCAUGAUCACCGGCAUCUUGGGCUGCUGUGCUACGUUCAGAGAGCAGCGGAAUCUCCUGAGAGUGUAUUUUAUAUUGCUGUUGUGCAUCUUCCUGCUUGAGAUAAUUGCUGGAAUCCUGGCCUACAUCUACUACCAGCAGCUGAAUAUGGAGCUGAAGCAAAACCUGAAGGACACAAUGACCCAGAAGUACCGGAAGCCAGGAGAAGAGUCUGUGACAAGUGCGGUGGACAAACUACAGCAGGAGUUUAAGUGCUGUGGCAGCCAUAAUGCUUCAGACUGGAGUGACAGUGAAUGGAUCAAAUCUCCUGAAGCAGCAAAUAGGAAGUUCCCAGACAGCUGCUGCAAGACAAUAACGGACAAAUGUGGCCAAAGAGAUCAUCCUUCAAAUAUCUACAAAGAGGGUGGCUGCAUCACUAAACUGGAAAUCUUCAUCCAGGAGCACCUGAAAAUUAUUGGAGCAGUGGGGAUUGGCAUUGCUUGUGUACAGAUAUUUGGAAUGAUCUUCACUUGCUGCUUGUAUAGGAGUUUGAAAUCGGAGCCUUACUAGGAACUGAAAGAUGACCCCACCUGCUUGACUCCACCACGUUCCAUUCUGUUGUCCUACCCUUUGUCUAGCAGCGCAGAAAAAUCAACUUUGCAAGGACUUUUGCUGCUUAAUGAAACUUAUUCCUGGAUCACUCAGUGCCUCUGUCAGAGAGAGAUAUCAGUCAUCCUCCUCAAGGCAGUAGGGGAGGCCCAGUGCUUGCCCAGUCAUUUCUUUGUGGUCGAAAGUAAUGGAGUUUGUAGAAUUCUUAUCUGCGGAAAACUUUGACAAGCCCAGGCCCAGCAUUCAAUCUGAAAGAGAGAUCACCAAAACCGCCAAGGGCCCAGCCCUUCCCUGUUUCCCUUUCAGCUCUUCUAAUCAAGACACCAUCUCUCUGAUAUCUGAGGGGCUGACAACUGGCCCGCAAGGAUGCAAGAGGUUUAUACAGGCUGGGAGAUCAAAAUCCUGCACCCAGAAGAAAUGCCUUUCUGGACACAUGGAAAUUCUGAUGUAAUGGCUCUUUUCCCAUCCAACAGAAUAUCUGUGUCUGCCAGCUGCUGCCUCUGCUGGGUAAUCCCUUCUCCUGAUCUCCUUGAGGAUGUGCCUGAGAGAUGAUGGACUGGGUUACCCACAGAGUUGGCUUCUUCAUCCUCAGGGCCUCCCUCUGAAGAAGAGAGAAGUCUUGUGCCUUUCAAGCCAGGUGUUAGAGGACAUUCUUUUGUUCUGUUAAUUGGAAGCCUUGGUCUGUUUAAAAACAACAGCAAACAAUUCUGAGCUUUUUGCAUCUAGAAUGCUCUCAAGAUAGCACCACUUUGUGGAAUGAAGCAGGCCCCCUUCAUAUGAAUGAGAUCCUCUCCCAGAAUGAUGCAUCAUUUAGUUAGGGAGAAAAUACUUUUACUUGCUUUUGUAUCAAUCUUUAAAGUCCAAUUAACCAGCCAGAUACUAACUGGCUGAAAAGAGACUCAGAAUUCAGCUCUCCUAUUCCCUUCUCUCGUUAAUUUACUGAGUAUACUUUGUACAAAAAUGAUUUUAAUUGGCAGUAAGGCAUAAAGCAACUUGAACUAUUUGGCGCAAGGAGAGAAAGUGAUUGGUAUGUUUUGUAUCCACAGCGAUUGCAGAGGAGACUGUCCUAGUAAUGGCUUCCAACACUGAUUUGCUAGCUUUCCCAAGAGUUUGCCCGUACUAAAGGUUUUCAUAGAACAUGUCCCCAUUUUAGAAACAGAAAAGCAUCCUGUCCAGAUCCUCUUUGUAUUGCUUAUAUCCAAGUAUUUCUUGUCUAUUCUUACAUUUACCCAUUUCAUCACUGCCUCAUAUUUUGAUUUCAGUAUUGGAGCUUUUCAGUUUAUCACCCCUUCCCACACUUCAUCUGUAUGUCCAAUGUGGUAACAGCAGCAGAUGUUGUUGCACAACAGCUCCUGUCAUUCCUGGCCAUUGGUCAUGCUAGCUGGGGCUGAUGGGAGUUGGUAUCCAAGAUCUGGAUCCCCAUCCUUGUCCUGUACCUUUUGAGAAUCUGCUGAGUAGAUUGUGUGGCUGUUUGUGUUUUACCAUCCUAUAGGUUCUGUUGAAGCUCUUGCAUUGCAUCUCUGUAACCCAUUCUUCACUGUCCCUUUCACAGACCUGGUUGGAGGCAAGAGAAAUCACAUGGUCGAUCCCCAACCUGGUGCCCUGCAGAUACUGGACUCCCAACUUCCAUCACUUCUGACCUUUGGCCAUACUGGCUGGUGGGAGCUGAAGUGCAGCGACAUCUGGAGGGCACGAGGCUGGGGAAAAGAUGGCCUAAGGCAUUUGUGUUUUCUUUCCACCUGAAGGCCACAAAAUGCAGAUCUCAACCAUAACUUCAAAUCUGAUCGUACCCUCCAGCUAUGUCCACAGCUGGCUAGAUGUGACUUUCUCCAGGUGAAGUGGAGACUGAAGAGUACAUGGUUGAAAUCUAGAUGAGAUUGCCAUUUUUAGCCCUGUGGGCCCUGGUAGGCAAGCACUUAACAUAAACACACUCUCCAAGAAUGUCCAUGGCUCGUGUUGCCCCUUCACAGUUGCAAUGAAAACAGGGAAGUAUCCUCUUGGCUUCUUUGGUCAGGAGGGUCCCAGAUGGUGAAGAAUUCAGAAGGUAGCUAGGAAGGUAAAAACGUAUCAUCAGCCUGCAGUAAACAUGCUGGAGAAAUAUUUUGGGCUAUUUUCACUGUAAAGGUGGAUGAAUAUCUAAAUUAUUGCAGGAUAAAUGGCUAAAUUAUUUCUUUAUACCUUUUUGGUGUUUCCCACACUACCCUGAGAAAUUGAUUAUUAACUAAAACAGAAAUUACUGACUAUGAUUGUUUGAAACAGUAUUUGACUACUGAAGUGUGUGUAUGGCUAGCUUUCUCUUUGCCCUCAGCUGGGGAACCAUAUUGUGCCACAGUAAGAGGACCAGGUGUUGCCAGUCAGCAUUCUGUGCCUGCUCUUCUGUUUUUCCUCAUAGAAUAACCGUGCUUUAAAUACAGUUUGUGUUGCUGGCCAAUAAAGCUAAUGUGUCUCUUU